AGCAGGUUAACACCUAUUCUCUUUGCUAUAUAAAGAGACAAAAAAGGUGAGGUGCAGAUGCUGUUUCUGCUAUUGUCCUCCGUGACUGGCCACUGCUUUUUGCUUGAAUUUGUUCAUUCUGCAUUUCAGCUAGCAUGAAUUAUUCUUCAUUCUCAAUCUCUCAAGGAUCCCGGGUACCAUCCCUCAGUGGUGCUCGGGGUUUUUCAGGCUAUUCUUUAAAAUCAGAGCUUAUACCACAAAGUCGAAGAGCCCACAGUAUGUAUGGGGCCCCUGGUAGUAUUCGUAUCUCGACUCCUAGCAUGCCAUCAGGGAUAGUUUCAAGCUAUUCAAGUACCCUUAGCAGUGCCCUUCCUAGCAGCAGCUAUGGGGGUAACAGUUACAGCAGCAGCACUAGUUUUUCAUCUGGAGGUUCUGACUUUUUACUUGGUACAAGUGGAAAGGAAGCCAUGCAGAACCUCAAUGACCGUCUGGCUGACUACUUAGUCAAAGUCCGCGGACUGGAGGAUAAAAAUAAAGAACUUGAGAUAAAGAUCCGAGAAUGGCAUGAGAAACAAGGUGCUGGAAAAAAGACAAAGGACUUUACCCACUACUUUAAAACUAUUGCUGAUCUGCAAAACCAGGUGAAUGCUGGAAAUAUGGAAAAUGCCAAGAUCCUUCUGAAGAUUGACAAUGCAAAGCUUGCUGCUGAUGACUUCAGACAAAAGUGGGAAGCCGAGCAGGCAUUGAGGCUAAGUGUUGAAGGAGACAUUCAUGGACUACGCAAAAUUCUGGAUGAAAUGACUCUGGGCAGAACAGAUCUGGAGAUGCAGAUUGAAGGUCACAAGGAGGAGAAGGCUUAUCUGAUCAAGAGUCAUGAUGAGGAUAUGAAAGCCCUUCGCAGUCAGCUGGGUGGACAAGUCAAUGUAGAGGUGGAUGCACCACCAACGGAAGACCUGACCAAGAAGUUGGAGCUCAUACGACAACAGUAUGAACAACUUGCAGAGAAGAACAGAAAAGAGACUGAAGACUGGUUUACAAAGAAGUCUGAAGAGCUGAAUAAGAAUAUGGUCAGCAGCACAGAAGCUCUGCAGACCAGCAAGACAGAAAUCAAUGAACUGAGGCGUACAAUUCAAGGCCUAGAAAUUGAGUUACAGUCACAGCAAAGCAUGAAAGGUGCUUUGGAAGGUCAACUGGCGGAGACUGAACAUCGAUACUCAUCAACUCUGAUGAACCUGCAGAACAUUAUCAAUCAGAAGGAGGCGGAGCUAAGCAAUAUCCGUGCUGAUAUUGAACGCCAGUCAAGCGAGUACAAGAUACUUCUUGAUGUCAAAACAAGGCUAGAAAAGGAAAUUGCAACUUACCGCAUUCUGUUGGAAGGAGAUGAUGGAAGGUCUCAUUCAUCUCAAUCUUCUUCAACUGUAAGCAAAGAUAAAGUAACUGUUACUUCACCAAAUGUCAUUACGAAGGUACGGACAAUCGUGCAAGAGGAGGUAAACGGACAGAUUAUAUCAAAAAAAGAGUAUGAUGGAGCUCCAGAUCAACUGAGCUUUUACUAAUCCAACUCUGUCACUUCUGAAAUUGCUAUAAUAUGAGAUUUUCAGUGUCUCACUCUUCUUGAGGAUAGAAAUACUAGUUAUAUCUGCUUCUCAAACACUGUCAAAGAACUAUUUGUUUCCUAUUGCAUUAAAGCACUCUGGAAAUAUAAGCCUUUAAUUAACAUAUAAUAUAACAUUUUGUCAUGCUUUUAUGUCUAUUUUAACAAUUACAGCUUUGCAAAAUAACAUCUUUAGUUUUCACAAUAGAUCAAGCUGAUGACACUUAAAUGGUGAUAUUUUUAACAGUGAAAAGUGGAAACUGAAAUGCAACUUGGAGCUGACUUAACCACUUGUUUACUGAGCCAUAAUGUAGCCAAAAUGCUUUAAAUAGAAAGCAAAUGUAAUGCUUUAUGUAUUAAACAUCUAGAAUAUUUUGAUCUGGUAUUACAGCAGUUGUAAAAGUGAAAUGAACCUUUAAAAUAAACAUUCUAAAGAACAGUA